UGCACUUUGGGAAAAAAAAAUUGAAAAAACAACAAAUGGUAAAGUCCGUCUGAUACGAGCAUAGGUCAGAUAUGAAAUCCCCAUCAAAAGUAUAUAAGUACCAAAUUCUGCCGAUAAUAGUUAUCAUUCGUUUUGAAGAACUAAGAAAAGCAUCAUGAAAUUCUUCGUAGUCUCAUCCGUGGUGGUUGCCUGCGUCUUCGCAGCCAGCGUUCCAUCUGACCAAGCGUCAUCAAUAGUCCGCAGUGACUUCCAGAGUGACCCAGAUGGCAACUACCAGUACAGUUAUGAAACUGACAAUGGAAUCUCGUCGAAUGCGCAAGGAAAAGUUAAAGUGUAUGGAAAGGAUGAAGUAGCUCUUGAGGUGUCAGGGUCAAACAGCUAUAUUUCACCUGAAGGACAGAAAGUAGAGUUCACAUAUAUUGCCAAUGAAAACGGAUACCAACCACAGGGCGCUUUGUUGCCUACUCCACCUCCCCCACAACCCAUCCCAGACUAUAUCGUUCGUGCUCUCGAAUACAUCAAGGCUCAUCCCUACGUCGAAGCCACCGAGAAACCAUACAAGAAGCCUUGAAUCGACCAAAUGACUGAAAUAUUCAUCUAAAUACGACCCUGCUUUGUUAAAUAACGCUCAUACUCAAGUAUGGGUCUACAGAAUUAACACAUGUAUUAUAAAUGUAAUAAACCUUUUGGCCCUUUCCACACGCCACGAUUAAAAUACAAUGAAAAAUUUCACUGAUUAACCAUGACUUGUGGAAAAUGCGAAGAAAGUACAAUACAAAAAUGGAAAACGUGUUAUUAUAUUAAUUGUAUAGAGAGUACAUUUUUUAUUGUUUAACCUGUUACAUUGUAUUAAUAUUAAAUAUCUUUGUAUAA